AUGCGUCAGCUCUACUCGACAGACUGUCUCAAGCGUCGACCACCCCCUCUAUCUCCAUCAGCUCCAACCAACUAUGCUGAAUGCAUCUCACAUAAUUUCAAUGCAUACUCACCAUUUUCCACGCAUGCUCCUUUCGUGCUCAAGUGCGUGGAGUGGAGUGACUCAGUCCCUCAUCUCGUGGCCUCGAAUCCGAGUCCGCCAUUGGAUCCACCAAACUCCGCCCCCGCACACAACCAUCCGCCACCAAUCAGAAGCCGAGCAUCGUCCCCCCGCAAGGCAUUCAGCCGGAAGGCGCUGCGAUGGCGUCUGCUGGUACCUCAACCGAUUGUCUCUGGAGCGUCGGACGUUCGACUGUGCGACGGAGAGAAGGUUCACUCUUCGUUAACGUCGUUCGCGCACAUCAGCCCUGCCUCUGCGUCGCGCCAGCUUCGAAGCAUAAAACAACGCCGUCUCAACCACCCGUCGUCAAGUCCGCAUCGACACGACUUCAUCCGCUCGUCAGCACCGAAGGCACCCUGUUCGGACCGACUUGGCAUCAACGCCACGACUUGA